AUGUAUGUGAUAAGCCCCUCGGAGGCGGCCAGACUGCGGCUACAGGUUAGACUUAGCCGUUCUGGUAGUCGGUUACGUUUCGAAAUCAAUUCGAAGGAUUUCCAUUUGAACUUCGACGAUCAAAGAUAUUGCCAUCUCCCGGAAAUUAAGUUCGUUCGCUUAUCGGGUCUGUUUUAUUCAUGUCGCUUCCAUUUGUACGAAAGUUUCGUCAUUAGUCAACCCCUAUUACUUCAUAAUCCGUCCGGCUACGCUGAAGGAAUGAAGAGGGAGCCGCUCGAAAUCGAAACGUUAGUAUUGAGAUGGACGGGGAUGUUGCCAAAAAGAGAAAAAGAUUAUUUUUACAAGAUUUACUCUUAUUUUAUCUUCUCCAUGGUUGCAACAUCAUGGUACUUGGACGUUUACAUGAUUUUAGAAGAUGUUGAAAAUACCACAACCUUUGUUGAAAAUUUCACAAUUGGUACUGCGUUGCUGAUAGGGUCGAUUAAAAUCGCUGUCACAUAUCACACACGUCACAAGCUGCGUGACAGUUUCUUACAGUUAACCAGAAACAAUUUCUGUGCAGAUGACAAGGAAGAACAGAAAUUGCAAGAUCGAUACACCUCCAUAAUGAAUAUACAGGCGCGGGUCUGCUAUUUCACCCCAUUCGUUUACAUGGUUUUCGCCAACACACCCUGCGUCCAUCAACGACUUACCUCCACCAACUCCUCGCACUGGAUCCUGCCGUUCGGUGCGUUUCCGCUUUUCGACACUACUACCAGCCCGAAUUACGAAAUCGCGCUAAUUUAUCAAAAUCUACUGAACUUCGUCACGUUCAUAUGCUACAUGGCGAUCGUCGUCGCCAUUUGCGGCACAGUCAUAACCUUAACGCUCCACUGCAAAAUUAUACAGCACCGCAUUAAAACUUGCAUCAAACGUAGCACCGGCAAGGGGGCCCCACAACUGCGUCGCAACCUGAAGGAAAUUAUCAAGUACCACGUAUGGCUGAAUGAAGUUGCGAAAGAAUUUACGAGAAGAUUUUCUUCUACGCUGCUUGUCGAUUUCUGUGGGUUGUCAAUAAUAAUAGCAUCUUGCACGUUUUACGUCAUGUUGAUACAAGAGUUCAACUUCAAAUUUGCCCAAAUGUUCACGCUGACCAAUACGGCGAUCACAAUCGAAUUCGUAGUAUGCUACUGGGGAAGUGAGCUAAUCAACGAAUCGUUGGCAAUCGGCGAUACCUGCUUCGAAAUCGAAUUCGUGGGUCAAGAUUUGCACUUUCAAAAGAUGCUGCGCUUCAUCAUACAGAGGGCAAGAACUCCAGUUGCAUUAACGGUGGGCGGCUUUAGUCCGUUAACUAUGAGAACGUUUCUGCUGGUUAUGAAGGGAGCUUAUUCGUUCUUCAUGUUUCUGGGAAGAGAACGAAAAUGA